GAAUAAAUCGAAUGUGAGAUGAUAAUAAAAGCGGUUAAACUUUUGUAGUUAAUAACAAGUAAGAGUUGCUUUCWAUACGCCUAGUUUGCAAAAACAACAAAAAAUAUGUGCAAAUUGAAAUAAUAAMUUCAUAUUUAUGUCUGAAGAGUAUUUUGUAACUGAUAUUUUGUUACAAAAGCAGCAAAAUGAAGUACAUAAAGAAUCGAGAUUAACAACGGGACCAAACACGGAGAUUAUUUUGCGCAAUUUGAGUUGUUUUCAAAAAUUAAAUGCAUAAUUCACUACUCCAAUUGGCGUAAACAUUCCAACAGACAAAUGUUUAUAUGUAUGUGUGACCGCAUAUUUCCAAAAAUUGCACUAAUUACCAAMUAAAAACUAAAAAACAUGAAUGCGACCUUGAACUUUAACGCGAUUUCAUCAAGCGGACGGCCACAAUGGUCACUGCAUCAGUCAAACAAAAACAGCAAGGCGGCAUACUACUGCGUACCACAAGUUGCCACCCACACCACAACAGCGACAACAAGCAGRCAUAAUGCCCAAAGCGAAAGUGAUAAUGAAGAAARAACGGAGAAUGCAUAYGAGCGUGCUAAAGAUUCCUACACAUGCAACAGCACACCUAYCCGCGCGCCGGCAAACUUCUUCGACGACGACCGUYUACUCUUAGAAAGUGCUUACCGUUCCAACGCCAGCUAUAAUGCAUUUCCGCCAAMGUCUUUGCAUAAAAGUAACAGUUAUAGCGGUAGCAUACGCCCUAAAACGAUCGUGCUCAAACAAAAUUAUUCCAAUGGACGUAUUGCUACUAGUCUAACGGACGAUGAAAUUGUCAGCAGCAGUUAUAGAGGUAUAGUGUAUGCAGCGACUUCAACCAGCCUCGAACUCACCUCCAACACGCUCAACAACUACGACAACGAUGCGGCCGUCGAUCUUGACGACGAAAACGAUCUGCUUAUGCCGCCAACUGCUAACGCCUUCGGCGGUAUUGACGCCAGCUAUAGCAGCAACGCAAGCGGUACACGUCGCAAUACACGUGGUKCGAUUAAGGCGCGCAAUCGCAAUUGGUGUAGUCGAAAAAUGGUCAUUGGUUUCCUGCUGUUGCUGGUCGCAAUUGUAGCAUUUUUAUGUUUUGCCUACCUGACGCGCGACUACACCAAACAAUUCCUGCUCUGGAUCGAAAUGCAAAAUCCCUGGGUUAUAGUGUCGAUACUGUUGGUCUCGUUUAUGAUAGUCAGCUUUCCAAUAAUAGUGGGUUACUUUGUGCUGAUGCUCACUUCCGGUUACCUGUUUGGCGCCAUAAAGGGCAUACUGAUCAUUAUAACGGGCGCUAACGUGGGUAUAGCCAUUGUUCAUUGGACUGUGCGUAGUUUCCGACAUCGCAUCCCAAUUCAUAAAAUAAUUAAAAAUGAGACUGCACGCGCUAUACUGCGCGUCAUAUCGGGACCAAAGGCAUUCAGAGUCGUGCUCUUUACGCGCUUAACGCCCAUUCCAUUUGGCGUACAAAAUAUGAUUUUUGCGGUCAGUACAAUUAACCCAAGUGUCUAUCACACGGCCUCACUUAUAGGACUGCUGCCGGCGCAGAUUAUCAACGCGUAUUUGGGCUCAACGUUGCGUUCAAUGCAGGAAGUGCUGAGCAACCAUGGCACGGCGGUGACAGGCUACAUCAGUUUCGGACUGGAGGUCAUUUGUGGUGUGGCGCUCAUGGUUUGGGUUAUACAAAAGGCGCGCAAGGAAUUGGCUCAAACACUACUCUCCGAAGUCAGCAGCGAUGGCAAACUGAUCGAAAUCGAUGUGUGAUUCUUGUACAAUUUCAAGUACAAACCACCUGCAUGUUAGUGUGCGCUUCUAGGGCCGUCGAGCAGUAUUCAUUUUGCAAUAUGAAUAACUACUAAAUGCUCAAAUCAAGCUCGAAAACCAAGGCUGGCUAUUGCCAACUUUAGGAUAUGACUAUAACAUACUUCCUGUAAACGUUUGUGAAAACGUUAAACGCUCACUAUUAUAUACAUACAUACAAAUGAAAGACUAUUUUAUAAAAAAAAAAUUGCUCUCUUAUUUUGAAAAGCAAAUUAUUUAUGUAUAAUUUCGUUUUUUCGUUUUAGUUCGUAAAAACAUACUUAUGAAAAUUGUUAUAUUAUACAAAAAAAUUAUAAUUAGUAAUAAAAAAAAUAAAUAUACGAGCAUAUUUUGURUAUUUCGAAGUAAAGCCAAAUUAAUGUUGUGUAUUUGUAAAAAAUAAUUGCGUAAUAUAAUUUUGUAAAUAUAAAUUAUAUAACAAUAUAUAUUUAAUAGGAAGUAAUCGUACAUGAUGUAGCAUUAAAUCUGCAAUAAAGACAAGUAUUAGCAAAAAUUAUGCAUAAUACGUUACGUUUAACGUUUUUUAUAUUGAAAAAAAUAAUUUUUCAUUUAUUUAUGCGCUUAAGUGUUUUUUGAUUUGAUUGCAUUCUUUGUAUUUUUUUAUAAACAAUGCAAUAAAUUUCGUAUUUAAAAUAAUAAAGUAGCAUUUAAAAAACUCUAUUUUAUACAUUAGUCUAUUUGGUUAUCAUUGUAAUACUUUUCUGAAUUGGAAAAAUUGUCACACUCGCUUUUAAGCUAUCUCUACAAACAGUCUGAGUUUAUGAAAAACAACCAAACUGUGCCUAUACCUUACAUAUAUAUAUAAUUAAAAUAUAAUUUUCUGUGCUUUGAAAAACAGUUUAAAAAAUAAUUUUUUCUAUUUUUUUGCAUUUGCAUUUUUCCUUAUUAUUAUUAUUAUUAACGAUUUUCUUAGCUGCCAAAAUGACACGUGAUCAUAGUUUCAGCUGCAUAUCAACUUACAUAUGUACAUAUAUUUGUGAAUAUGUAACUUUAAUUAUUAUAACGAAUAUUUAUAUGGAAAGUGUUUACUGAAGGUCUAAGCUGUUGUUAGAUUUAUAAAGCAUUUUUGUAAUGGAAAAUACAAUAUAUUCGAAUGUACAUGUUUUAUAUUCUAAGUUGUAGAAUUGUUAGAAAUAAAUGUGAAAUCUUGUCAGCCUAAUAAAAAUACGUAUUUCUGAACAACAUUUA